AUGAUAAAACAAAGGCUGACAGUAAUAAAUUUUGAACAAAAUCAUGAUAAUAUAAUCAAACAUUUAAAUCAAACACAUUUAAGUUUAGAAUCAUUACAUUCAGAUAAUUCAUUAUUAAUUGAAAAUAAAUUUACAAUUCCUUUCAACAAGAAUCUAAAACAUAUAAGACAAUUAAGAAUACAAUCUAAAUUUGAUAAUGAUAUAAUUGAUUCAAGAAAUGAAUUUUUCCCAUUUGAAUUCACUUCUGGUUUAAAUAUUUAUGUUGAACCAAAAAAUACUAUAAAUAAUGAUGAUAAUGAUGAAUUUUUUAAAGAAUUAAAAGAUAUUUUGAAUGAUCUUAUUGGAAUUGAAAUAAAUGAAGAACAAUAUAUUAAUCAUGUUAUGUCAUUAUAUUAUUAUGACUCCUCACCUUCACCUUUACUCAUAAAAGCACCAUCCGAUAAAGAUUAUUGGUUUACCAAUAAAACAUAUGAUCUUAUAUAUGACGACUCAAAUGAAAGCCAAUUAUCAAUUCGUCAAAUAUAUAAAACUGAUGAAAUUUCAUAUAAAUUAAAAUUAACAGAAUAUAAAGAAAUUGGAAUAUUUUUAAAAGAUUCUAAAAUUUCAAAUUCAAAAGAUGAUAUAGUAUUAAGUGGAUUAAGAGUUAUAUUUGAUGGAACUGCAGAAUCUUCUGAUGAGAAUGAAAAAAAUAUUCAUAAAACUAUGUUUCAUUUUAAACCAAGACAUAGAAUCUUGGAAAAUAUUGAAUAUAAUACAAAUUUAAUUAAAAAUGGUUUACAUCCUAUAUUCAAUACUAAUAUAAACCUAUUAAAUAAAGAAUCAAGUACUCAAUUAAUAAAUGAUGAUGAUGUUUUAAAUUGUAAUCCAUUCAUUUAUUUACAUUUAAAUAAAUCAUUAAUUUUUGAUAAAUAUCAAAAUAUUCCUAAAAAUUCAAUAUUAUUAAUAAAUAAUGGAUUUCAAGAUUUAGAAUUACCAGAAUAUAAAAUUGAAAAUUGGGGAGGAGAAUUAUUAUUUAAAUUAGAUACUCCUAUUAAUGAGCCACAAAAUUUUAAUUUAACUUUACAUUCAAGAUAUCAAUUACCAAAUCAAAAUAGAACGAAUAAUCAAACUACUUCAAAAUCAUUAUAUACAACUAUAAUUAAUCCAUUACCUAAAUUAUUUUUAGCUUGUAAUAUUAAAGAUCAUGAAAUAUUAGCAAAAUCUCCAUUUGAUACAUCAAGAUUUAGUUCAAUAGGUAAUAAUUUUGAAAAUUAUUUUUCAAAAGAUACUGUAUUUUAUCAUCCAAUUCAACAAAAAAAUAAAGAAAAUAACUUGAGAAUUGAUAUACCUAAUGGAAUAUCAACAUUUGAUAGAAUUAAUUCUUUGACUACUAUAACUUUAAUUUUGGGUAUACUUAUUAUAUUAUAUAGAGUUUUUAAAGUUGUUUUUCCUAGGACAUCAACUAAACAAACUAAAAUUGAUUGA